CACCGGUAGGGAAAAGAAAACGUUAACAGAGGCUGGAAAGAAGAAUUUUUUAACAGAUCGGAAGCAAUCACAACAAUCCGUUGAACUCAUCAGUAUUGUACGGUAUGGCUCGUUGUCAAAGUAAUUAUUUUGUAUAAUGCAUAGUUCGGUUGCAAAGAAAAGUCAGAAACGAGGAAGCACAUCGCURGCCUUUGGACUUAACAACCGGAAAGGAAGUAARAAGUCCACCAUAAAGAAUGUGUUUGGCGACGAUGAUGAGAGUAGUGACAGCAGUGAUGAUAUCAAUGAAAAUAAGAGUAAAUCUCGGCGAGAAGUUGUCAACGAGCAAAUAUCCAAAGAACAAGCAGUCCGUCGACGUCGGGCACAAGCCGCUUUAGCAUCUGYGAAAGAUAACAGUGCGUACGAUUACGAUGGAGCGUACGAUUCAUUCCAGACAACCAAUACAAAAUUGAUGAAUGAUGGAGGAAACGAGAAAGAGACUGGAAGGAAAAGCAAGUAUAUUGGCGACUUGAUGAAGGCAGCCAAAAUUCGAGAAAGAGAACGCGAUGCCAUCUUUGAACGAAAAAAUGCUUUGGAACAAGCCGAAGAGGAUGCACAAGGUGAUUAUCUAGGGAAGGAAAAGUUUGUUACCAACUCGUACAAGCGAAAAUUGCAAGAGCGCAAACUAUGGGAAGCAGAACAGGAAGAAAGAAAUCGKGAAGAGAUCGCCAACGAUGUCACGAAGAAAUCUGCUGGUACGGCCUUCGCAGGUUUUUAUGGAAAUCUAACUCGAAGUACAAUGAUGGAGCAAACCUGCGAUGAUGAAGAGAACACUGUAAUUGAUGGGGGAAAUGCGAGUCGAAGUAGCGAGGUCGRCAAUGGACGUAGUGACGCUAUUGACGACGAUAACUUUGAUCCGAGACAAGACUUUCUGGGUGGAUUCGAACGCUCUUCAGYUUCAGGUGGUAAUGUAGAUGUGGAUAUUAAAGAUCAACCCCAUGGUCAAGAUGAUAGCACGGAAAAUACAAAAGAUAAAGAUUCCAACAUGAAUGCUUCGUCACCGAAACAAUCCCUUCGUUCGAUCCGAGAGAGAAAAGUUGCAGAGGCUAGGGAGCGAUACCUGAAACGAAGAAAAGCUCUCAUAUUGGACCAAUAAAAAAUGCAAUAUUGUUGUUCGCURGACGCAUAGGAGCCAACAUGGAUCGUAUCUACGUUGUGAUACGACCAUUUUCACAAAAAUACGUCAAAAGAGAUUUAAUUGAUUGUCCAUCUUUGGAAUUAAAUCAUCCCAUCAUUAUUUUUCGAUUUGAUUCAAGAUUUUUUCUAAAAACACCUCACAAAUACUCUAGAAGASGCGAAGUCUGGGAACUUUUAAUACACGUGUUAAAAUGUU